AUGUCUGACAACAUACCCUUUGAAAUCCAAACAGAAAUCAUAAAAAGGGUUCUGGAUGUGAAAUCAUUGCUUCAAUGUAGAUCCGUUUCUAAACCGUGGAAGUCUGUCAUCGACAGCCCGGAGUUUAUCGCUGAUUACCACGUCGACCACCCCCGUCCACCUCAUCGUAUGCUUGUAAGGUACGAUGAUCCUAUUGAUAAUACAAAGACCAAAUAUGUAUCUAUUGUAGAUGAUUAUGAUAGUGAUACUGAUGAUAAUGAUAGUUUUGCCCAACACAAGUUUCCCCUUACAAUUCCCAUUUCUGUUGAUCAACUUAUCGAUCCCAAAAUAUUCGGUAGCUCUAUUGGCUUGUUCUGCUUUUAUAGUAAAUUUUCUAGAAGUGACCAAAAUAUAGCUGUUAUAUGGAACCCUUCUAUAAGAAAAUCUGUUACUGUUGAAGUGCCAAAUGUGUUAGAUACGCCGUUUAAAACUGUAAUCGGUUUUGGUGUUGAGCCCUUCUCUAAUGACCCUAAGCUCGUCAAGAUUCAAACUGUUGAUGUGUUGGACUUGAAAACUAUAAGUUCCAUACCUAAGCAAGUUGAGGUUUGUAGUUUAAGCACAAGGGAAUGGAGAACCUUGUCGGAUGAUUUGCCUCGUUUAACAGUUGCAUUCACGGAUGAUCACCAUGUAGUUAUAGAUGAUUUUAUAUUUUGGCUUGCUCAGGAUAGGGAAUAUGUGAAUGGUUUGCCAAUGAAACGUGAUUUGGUUAUGUUAUUUGAUAUGGUAAGUGAAGAGUUUAUGGAAAUAUACCUUCCCAAUAAUGUGACUAAGGACAUUUACAUUGAUUUGUCUUUAUCUAAGAUACGGGAAUCACUUGUUGUGGUUGGAUGUAAUUAUAGUGUCGAGAAACGAGUUUAUCAUGUUUGGAUGAUGGAAGAUGGUCUUUCAGAUACUUUUACAAAGAUGUACACCAUUAGUAGACCCGAGGAAGCUGUAUCUACAGUACUUUCGUUUAGGCACAAUGGCGAUCCCAUAAUUGGAAUAGAAGAUGAGUUUAUUGGAUCGGAUGAACUUUUUGUUUAUGACCCUGACUCAGAACAAAUCAGUCCUAUUGGGAUUUCUGGAAGUAUGUGUUCAUGCUAUGCAGCUUCCUACAUGGAAAGGUUACGUUUGCUGAAUUAUUAAGACUGUAGAUCUUAGCUCUACAUACAUGCAUCGACGACAACAAUAAUGAAGACAUGUGAAACGGCGGAUCUUAGAAUAAGUGACGCAAGCAAUUUGAUGGAGAUUGAUGUGCAAUUAUCAGGCUGAUUCUGUCAAAAGUUAAAACGCUCAGUUAUUUUUGGUUUACACUGAAGAAAACGUGCAUUAAUGUUAAGCAUAUGACCAAUUGAUCUACGUACUUAUGAUUUGUUUUUGCGUUGUAACCUUAGGAUCACGAUUUACUUUGGUAA